GAUAUGUGUAAAAAAGUGAUUUUUCCGCUCUUCUUAAAUCCUGUUCUCUCUCCCUCUCUUCGCGUCCCGUCCACGCCAAAGGAAUGGCUUUCGCAAAAGGAGCGACAGGAGGCGGAGCGUAAAUAUCGGCAGAAGGCCAUGGAUCGUUUAAAUGCGGAGCAGCAACAGAUCAAGGCGGCCGAAGAGGAUAAACGGAGAAAAGCGUCCUUCCAGGCGUGGCUUCAUCAGAAGGAGGUGCAGAAGAACUGGGAGCGGCUUCUCAAGGAACGCGAGGAGGAGGAGAAGCGCCAGUUGCAGGAAUCCCGCUCGCGGGAGGCAAGCGAACAGGCCUUCAAAGAGUGGCUUCGACGGAAGAACCGCGAAGCCCAGCAACGAGCAAAGGAGGGCAGAGAACGGAGACGCAUCGGUCAAGCUAUCCUUCUACAACGCCAACGUUCUGGGCUGCUGAUUCGGGCCUUACAGCGGGCCAACGCCGGCAACCUCUUAUAUGAUGUGGACCCCGACUUCUAG